AUAGCGAGAGUGUCAGUAGUGAAACUAUUUAAGAAAAUAACGCAUGCUUGCUUUUGCAAAAGGAAUUGAAUAAUUUGAACAAAUUUUGAAGUUUUCAAAUUGAAACAGUAUUUAGAAACACUUGUUAUUGCUCAAGAAUACAGUGAAGAGGGACUUAGUGUGUUCAUUAAAGUUACUGGAUUGUAUACAUAUACUUUGUGCAAUUUGGAACUUAACAAUUUUAACUUGUUCUCAGGUGACAAUUUAGUGUGUUCAUACUUUGUAAAAAUAAUAUUUUAGAAGAAUCAAACAUCAAAGUGGACUUUGAUACAUGUAAAAGUACAUUCAGUUAUUGAAAUGACAGUUAUCAUUAUAAAUUUGUGAACGGUGACACUUCUGUUAAGGGACUAAAUUCAAGAAAGUGAAACUUUAUUAUGCCUGCAUUUGCCAUCGAUACUAUGGUACCAAGUCACGAGGACAUUAACGCAAACACGAUCAUGGGUAUCUAUUCAACUCCCGAUAACCGGAAUAUACUUGCUCCGAUAUACUUCAACUUCACUUACAAACAACAAGAGCUUGAUAUUCCUUCAUUUAAGAUUGAAGAGAAUGAAGGAAACCAUAAAGAGAAGGAAAACCAGAAAGAGACUGGUAAACGACGCCCUAUGACACAGAUUACCGGUGUACGUAAACUGAAACAUACCAACAGUUUCACCGGUCAGGUGCCAAAAUAUGGGGUAGAAACUCCACAUAAAGAAGAAUUAGGCAAGUUGCUGAAUGAUAUUGAUAGAUGGGGCGUAGACAUGUUCAAAAUUGCAGAAUACUCCAACAACCGACCUCUUACCUGUGUCACAUACAAGAUAUUUCAGGACAGAAACUUGUGUAAUACCUUCAAUAUUCCCGCAACAACGUUAGUGACCUACUUAAUGCAUUUAGAAGAUCACUAUCAUUCGGAUGUACCGUACCACAAUUGUAUUCAUGCAGCUGACGUCACGCAGUCAACGCAUGUUCUUCUAUCAGCACAAGCAUUAGAGAAUGUGUUCACCGACUUAGAAAUUCUCUCAGCCAUAUUUGCCAGUGCCAUUCACGAUGUAGACCAUCCAGGCGUUACCAACCAGUUUCUUAUAAAUACAAGUUCAGAACUUGCAUUGAUGUACAAUGACGAGUCUGUGUUAGAGAAUCAUCAUUUGGCCGUUGCUUUCAAACUGCUUCAAGAAGAAAACUGUGACAUUUUUGUCAACCUUUCCAAGAAACAACGACAGACCUUGCGAAAAAUGUGCAUCGAUAUGGUCCUAGCUACAGACAUGUCAAAACAUAUGAGUCUUCUGGCUGAUUUGAAGACGAUGGUUGAAACGAAGAAAGUGGCAGGUUCAGGCGUCCUUUUACUGGACAAUUACCAAGAUAGAAUACAGGUAUUACAAAAUAUGGUGCACUGUGCCGACUUGAGCAAUCCAACCAAGCCUCUUGAACUGUAUAAGACAUGGCUUGAUAGAUUGAUGACGGAGUUCUUCCGCCAGGGAGAUAUGGAAAGGGCAAAGGGACUUGACCUCAGUCCAAUGUGUGACAAACUUACUGCUACUGUUGAAAAAUCACAGGUUGGAUUCAUUGACUACAUCUUACACCCAAUGUGGGAGACCUGGGCAGAUUUAGUUUACCCAGACGCACAGGAAAUACUUGAUCAAGUGGAGGAAAAUAGAGACUGGUUUCAAAGUAUGAUCCCCAUCAGCCCAUCCUCUAGUUUCUGUUCUAGUGCUAAAUCUGAGGAGAAAUCAGCAGACAGUAAAUUUCAGUUUGACAUUGAAGAAGAAAAAGACAGUGAAAAUGAUACUGAACAUCGUGGAAGUGAUGUUGUUAUUAAAUUGACUGAUAGUGGUAACGGGUCAUCGAAACAGCAAAAUAAAAAAGGACAGUAGCUUGCUGUAGAAUAAAAUAUUGCAUAAUUGUGAUAAAGUUUACUCAUUAAAGUAUUCCAUGGCCUAACAGGCCCCUCCAAUGACAUUAGCGCUUAGAAUUUGAUGAAUCGUGUCAUUAGGGCCGUGUAAGCUGUCUCCCAGGAUUCCAUAGCGGGGACGUGUCAUGUCUUUGUUGUCAUGACAACCGAUGAUGUAGAAUGGAAGAUGACAUCAUUUCUCAGGGAGAACUUCCAGGGUUUGUACGGUUGACUAUCCAGUUACCGUAGUAGUAGAUGUAGCAGGAAAAGUACGGUUAACAAUUCGAUACCUUAGACAGGGAGGCAUAAGAGAAAACAGAACAGUUUGACUUUGUCUGUCUCUUUAAGUUAUGAACUUGUGAAAUUAGGGAAGAUAUUGAGUAUUACAGAUUUUCGAAAUGGCGGGUAUUUUUGCUUUAAGGAAAAUCAGCUCCGCAUUAUGAUAUAUGUUUGUACAGUAGCCAUGUUUCAAUGCGUGUGCGUUUGUUCUGAAGAAGUAAAAAAUCGGACAAAAACUCUGACAUUAACAGACAUUAAGCAAGUUAAAAUCUUUGUUAUUAUUGACUUGUGGUUCUGUUUUGAGAAACAGGAAGUUGUGUGCUAAAACUGUUAUAGUACAAUUGUAAUACUUUUGUGCUUCCUGUUCAGGAGAGUUACAAAGGGAGAUUACUCUUAUUUACAUUAUGUUAGUGAUGCUUUAGUGGUGUUGCUGUUGAUACGUAACAGUACCAGCCAAUUUUAUACAUUUUAUCAUAUCAUUAAUUUUAUCAUAUGAUCAUGAAUUGUUUUUUUAAAUUGUUUCUGUAUAUGAUUGCUGCGUUUAUUUAUUAAAACUGUUUUUUUAAGGCUAUUUAAGAAUAAGGUUUGUUUGGGCUGUAUUAUAGGUUUAACAAUUGUUUAAGCUUGUGCUAACAGUUUGAUUAGCUUUAUUGUUAUGAAAAAAAAUGCUGGUUGAAUUUUGUAAUGUGAACAGAGUUAAAGCCCUUGCAAAUCUGCGGACAAAAGGCUGAUGAAAAUUUGGACGGAAAUGACAUGCACAACUGAUUUCCCGAAACCGUUCUUGAGGCAAAUUUCUGAAUAAUCUGAACAAAAAUAGGUUAUGUUAUGAGCAGUACCAUUAUCAAUGCUGUUGCCAGAUUAUCCAUUGGCAAUGUUUAAAUAUGUCUUUAGAUAAAGAUUUAACAAUUCUUUGUAAAUUAAUGACCAUUAUUAUUACUGGCGUUAAAUGUCAAGUUUUAUUGUAGAUUGACCUAGUUAGAGAUGAUAGAAACAGUCAUCUUAGUAAAAAUUAAUAUCAUCAUUAAAAUCGGUUUUUACCCCUUUUUUAACAAUCAUACAUAAUAUUAUUUUUUAAAAAAACAUAUGUUUUAAAUUGAAAAAGCAUAUGCUUUUACUUUAUAUUGUAAGUUUAUUUUUCUUACAUAGGGUAGCAUGAAAAAAAAAUGUUUUAUUCUCCUCAUUAAUUGUGUAAUAUCAGAUACUGUGUAGGUAUUUUCAUACUUCAUCAUUUUAUUAAUGUAUGUUAAAAAAAAAGUUACACCUUCGGAAAGUUUACGCAAAAUAUAGUGUAAGUUUUUCUUUUCUUAAAAAAUCAGUUGUAGUGUAUUUGUUAUACUUAUGCCAGCUAGUUACACGAAAACAAAAUGGCAUGUGUGACCAUUUCUUGUCACUGGAAAUCCAUCAGCUAAUCACACUGUGAUAUUGCUAGGGAUCAUGGGUAAUUGGAAGAAUUUGAAAAAUCUUCCAGUGAAUGCGUUAUUUUUUUUCUUUUUCGUAGAAAUAAGAUGUGAAUUAUUAUGGUUGUUUUCUGGUCAAUUAUACUAACAGACCAGUAUAUUUUUAUUUAUUUUUUCAAUAUUUUUUUGUAAAUUGAAAACCGAAAAGAAGAAAAAAAAAUCAGAAAAUAUAGGGAUAAAAAAAGUAAAUUAAUUUAUUUAUUUUAUAAAACUUCCAAGUGACGAGUAACUAGCUUGUAGAAGAUUUAUUAAUUUCAUUGAAUCAUUUUAUUUAAAAUUUCAAUCUUGCAUUUCUAGAGGACUUAUUUAUUUUAAACAUUAUGAUAUCAUAACUAUGUUACUAUAAAUAGAUUGCAAAUCACGGUUUCUUCCAUGACAGUUUGUUUCCCAUGAUUUCUAGCAGCCCAGCCUAGUUAAAAAUAAAAUUUGGAAAACUGAAA